AUGAGCGGCGAACUUGAUUGGCGGACGCUUCACAAGCUCAAUGAGAUAUUCGCCACUUCUACUUGCGCCGUCCUCAAUAUUGCCGUCCUCACGCUGAUCAUGACCGAGCACAAUCUAGCUCUAAGAGCAUAUCGGAAGUUGAUCAUAUUGAAUGCGAUUACCGAGCUGUUGGCAACGGCCUUGAUGUCGGUUUGUCUACCGGUGAGUAUUGCGUAGACUUCAGGCGCAAUCUUGCCAGGUCUUUUCGAUUCCAAGUCCAAUAAUUUCUUACACCUCAAUUAACUGGUAUUCAAAGCUUUUUGCACAGCGCAUUAGGAUUUUUAGAGCUGCCGCUCGCAUGUCGAAUUUGUUCCACAGUUCAUGCCACUAAAAUCACUUCAGCGACCUUGCGGACAGGCUGCUAUCGGACUGUCGGGGAAAUAGUCUUCGCCCAUGGAAUCGCCCAUCAUUGCUUUGCAACGGCUAGCCGCAGCUGGAAAUUAGGUGUGCGAGUGGAUUCUUUUUUCGACAAGAUGGAGCAUAUUGCCGCGACGACCCGUCACUAUUUUCCCGACAGACUGCUAGCUCACCGGAAAGUCUUCUCUGCCCGAAAUUUCCCGUUUCUUCUGUUUCUAUAAACGCGUACAGUUAGGGACCUGAUCCAAUGGCAAAAAACGUCUCCUUUUGCAUCCCGGAAGGGACCAAAAUGACUCCAAACCAUUCCCUUCGUAAGCUAAACAACUCCGCUUUUAAAAGCGCGCCCUUUACUUCAAGGCGGGCUCUCCAAAGCGGGGUUUUCUAGCUUAGAGAAGGGAGGGGUUUGGAGACAUUUUGGUCCCUUCCGGGAUGCAAAAUGAGACGUUUUUUACCAUUGGAUCCGGUCCCUCACUGUAUGUUUAUGAAGCCAAAUUUACAGGUUCUGCAAUUCCUGGACGGCUACUUUAUUGUCAUCUCGAAUGGCCCGUUCCGCACGCUUCCACAAGACCUCCACUUCAUUCUUGUCGCUUCAUGGGCGCUUGGAGUCGGAAUGAGUUUCAUUACCGUCCCGCUGGACUUUGUCUACCGGUAUUACGUGAUUUGUCAACAGGUCAGCGUAAAAACUUCGCAGAUAUUGGCUUGGACCCUGGUUGCCUACUUGCUGGCUGUUUGGGAUGCGUAUUGGCUGACCGCAGGCACAGCCGACAAAAUCGGGCUGCAAGACCAGUUGUUGAACGAUGAAAUGUGGAUGGAAAACGGAACAAAAGUUACUUUUAUUGCCUCGUCAAUUGUAAGAUUAUAACGUUUUGUCGGCAUCCGAAAUGAAAGCUCCAAAGAUUCAUUUGCAGGCCAACAAAUCAUACAUUGUAUUCUCCGUAUCCGGCACAGUAAUAAUGUCCUCCGAGUACAUCAUCAUCAUUUUUACGAGCAAGCGAGUAUUCAGCAAGUUGAAGGAGCAACGGCAUUUAAUGUCCGCUAGAACGUUGGAGAUGCAACGAGGAAUGAACCGAAUGCUGUAUGCGCAGGUAACUUGGAGGUGUUGUACAAUGGUGUAUUAUCAGUGUGUCGAGAAAAUAUUGAGUACAAUAUAGACUGUAUAAACUAGGUUCAAAAUUAGUUGUUUUGGGCACCAAAACGGCCUUAAUGUUUCUUAAUGUUUCAGGCAAUUCUCCCAGUCUUCACUGGAUUCGUUCCGUUAUCAUUAAUGUGGACCACAACUGCGCUGAGGCUGAACUACCCCCAGAUUGGCUUCAUAACCUCAACAUUCCUCUCAUGGCUGCCUGCUGUCAGCCCGAUAUGCACCAUCUACUGUAUCGGCAUAUUUAAAAGGCGGGUUAUCCGACUCUUCCGACGUAAAGGAAAUCCGCAAAAAGAAUCCACUAGUAGGGGAUUAAAGAGUGUGUCAUGA